AUGAUGCAGGCAUUCAGGAACGGAAAGACCUAUGCUGAGGUGGCAGAUGUUGGCCUGCUGCGGUCGAAAUGGCUACCGCCCGGCGUCAGCAACGAACAGCUGCUACGAGGGGUCGGCGGAGAAGACACGAAGCCACCACCGGACGAGAGCGAAGUUGAGUCCGACGAGCCAUCAAGACUGAAAAAGGCCAUCGAUUGGAUGCGAGAAAACCCCGGGACGACUACAUGUUAUGGCUUGAGUGCUAGCAGUCUCGCCGUUUUGGCCGCUCCAGCUCUCGUCGCUGCACCAGCUCUGGGGCUUGCGGGUUUUGGCUCGCAGGGCAUUGUCGCUGGCUCUGCGGCGGCGGGCAUCCAAGCCGGAAUCGGGAACGUGGUGGCGCCAAGCCUCUUUGCUACCCUUCAGAGCGCCGGUGCGGCCGGCUAUGGUGCCACGGUCGUCAACGGGGUUAUACAGGCAGGCGCUGGGUUUUCUGCUACUGCCUUUGCGUGGUGGGGGGCAAAGAAGAAAGAUCGUGGGGAGAUUGACAAGGAGGAAGACGGAGAUGGGGGUGGGAAGCUAGACGCCGAAAAGAAGUAG